AUGUUGCCGCCUGCCGUGGCAUCUCCGGAGUCUCUCCACAACUGGAGCGUCUUUGUCAAACAAUGCUUCAAACAUCGCUUAGGAGUCGACGAGUUCCGGAAGCUCUCGAAGCGCAUGUUCAUCCGUAACCCAAUCAAGGGGGAUUAUGUUAUCGACCAGCUUCUUGAAGUUCGCGCCAGCUACAACUUCCCUUGGGACCCUCUGCUCCCCGCCUAUGCCGACUGCUUGUGCAAAUCUGGACACGCCAAAACAUCCACGACCUUGUCCAGGGUACUCAGCCAGUCGACCAUCAAGGGUGUAGAUGAGAACCGCAAAAACAAAUACCCUACGCUCAUGACUGACAUCAAAGUCAUCAACGAUGCUAUUCUUUCCAUCUCUGCUGGGAUCAUCCCCAAGUCUCUCCUUGAAACCGCCGAGCUUUAUGAUGCAGCAAUCGAAUGGUUGAACAGUCUUGUUGCAUGGCAUACUAAUAUCCUUCACCAACCUGCGCAGAACGGGGCGCUGCUGAACUCCUCGGAUGCAGUUACAUUGAUCGAGUCGGCUGGAAUCUUCCUUGCUGCACUCUCGGGAAGCCCCAAAGGCCUGGAAUGGCUCACUGAGGACAUCCAUAAAGGCUUGAAGGUCAAAUUAGGCCGUGCUCUGACGGCCUAUCUUCCGCUGUGCUUGGAGAUCUCUCUGCCCCUUCGUCAUCGACUGGAUGCAAUUCAAAAGGAUUUCAAUCUGUUCGGUCAAAUACCCUCCAAGGGAUUGGAUCAUUCUACCAUUGAAGGCAUGAAUGUCAACGCCCUUCAAUUUGAAGCAUCCGUGAUGGACAGCCCUAUGAUCAACACAAGAGCUGGUCUCUAUGUGUAUCUCAACUCCAUGCUCGUGGGGCGUCCUCUUGUCGACGAUUUGACCCUGAUCAACUAUCUCAACAACCGAUAUGAGGGUCAUAAUGAGACUAUCAUCAUGGAAUUAAUCACUGCAGCUUUUGACGUUCUGUCCAAUGGGGUUUAUCGUAGCGAGUCAAACCGAACAAUGUUUUUGUUCCGCUCUUUCCUGGUCAACAAACUUCCCGCCUUUUUUGCCGCGCUGACAGCUACCUCCAUGGUGCCCCUAAACGUGGAGAUGUGUGUGUCUCAAGCUCUCAGCCGUCUCGACCCAAACGCGUUUCCUUCUUUCUCUCAGAUGUUUUCCAUGCAAGGAAACAGUAUCCUAUCCGAUGCCCGACAGGAAUUCUUAUUCGCGUGCGCGUCACACCGUUUGAUUCCUGAAUCUAGCAUAGAACGGCUUCUCGGAGAAAAUCCCAUGCAGACCUUACCUGUCGGUGGACCCUAUCAGAAAGAUGACCUCGUCAUGCAAAUCCACAAUAACCCCGGGCGGGCUGAUCAGUUGAUUGGAGAAAUCGAGUCUAUGGAAGGCAAUGCAGGCGCCAUAGUUGGUGCGAUCACAGAGGUCAUGUUCGGUCUCUGCAACUCAAGGGAGACAAUCACUCUCAAGAACAUCUGCAAUGCGCUUUCCCGGCGCCCACAGGCUUUGGAUGUUAUUUUGCUAUUCAGAACUACAAAACAAAUCCUACAGCCUCUUUGCGCUCUUUUAGAUUCCUGGCGAUGGGACGAAGAACAGGGUGAGAAUCAGCCUGUCUAUGACGAAUUUGGAAGUGUUCUCCUUCUUGUCCUUGCUUUUAAAUACCGUUACGACUUGAGUCCCUCCGACUUGGGCAUUUCAAACAAUGACUCGUUUGUACUCAAGCUAUUGGAUCAUGGCUCAUGUAGCCAGAAGUUGGUUGAGCUCAGCGAAAAGCAGAACAAGGACCUUGGGGUAUGGAUCGCGGCUUUGUUCAACUCCGAGGGCUUAGGAGAAGAGACCAUGUCCGCAUGUAGCCCACAGGAAUUCUACAUGCUGGUUGCGACCCUUUUCGAUCAGAGCCUCGGAGCUUGCGAAUCGGGACGUUUGGACUUCGAAACCCUCAAAGGAGGCUUUGAAUAUCUUCUCGAGCCCUUCCUUCUCCCGUCUUUGGUGGUUGCUCUGACAUGGCUUGGCAACCAUAUCUGGGAAUCGGAAACCGAUCCGACGAUUGGACUGAAAACCUUACAGUCCUUAAUCAAACCCAGCUCUAUCUCCGGCGAGGCACAAGCCAUUCACCAAACCGUUCUGAGCAUCACCGCCCGCCCACUUGAAGAGCGACUCAAGGACGUGCGCACCAGGAACCAGACCCGCUCGGAUAUCAAGCCGGCCCUCGACGCGCUGGACCCUUAUCUCUCCUUCCGGCGCGUAGGGAGCUGCGUCCGCUCGGAGCUAGAAGCAUGGUCCACGCAGAAGGUCAACGGUCUUCCCGGAAGCAUCCGGGACACUCUUCAGGCCCUUGUCCUCUGGAGCACCAACUCCGAAAUCCACAUGGCACCCAGCUCAUACUCUCAUCGCCAGAUUCUGGCGGGUAUCCGCCUCCUGGGCUCCACUCGUGUAGCAUGCGCGCUCAUCGACGAGGUGAAGCAGCAAACCGAAACCGGAAACGGGGACCUGGCUCUAGACAUCGCGGCCAGCAUGAUGUGUGCCCCCAUGCCCGAGUCCUUCGCCGUGGAUCAAAAUAUCUGCCACCCGGUCGACUCGAACAAAGAGUCUCUUCCUCGCUGCUCGGUCCUCACUCUGCGGGAUGCCCUCGCCAUCCAGCAUGAGAAUGUCCCGAAGCUUUCGGAGAGAGACCCUCUUCGUGCGGCUGCAGUUGUUCGUCUUUGGCGCCGUGUCAGUCUCUUGGCGGCUCCUCCGUCCCAGGUCUCGAAUAUCGAUGUGAGCAACAUCAUGCAGAACAUGGAUUACGGUGUGGAUAGUCAGGGCCGUAUGGACCUGGAUACCUCGGCCGCGAAUGUUGGUGAUUCUGGCGUCGGUAAUGACGAUCAUGAUAACAUCAACCAAAUGUUAGAUAAUGCCGCUGCCGCUGCUGCUGCUGGCAUGGAUAAUUCGAUGGAUGCCGGGAUGGGACUCGGUCAGGACAUGGAUCUGGGUGCUGAUCCCACGGGUUUGGAUGCGAUUGAUGAUGUGCUGAACGCAGCUGAUAUGGCUGUUGGGAACCCCGAGUUCCUUGAUCUCGAUAUGGAGGGGAUGUUUUAG